AUGGAUGCAAGCGAAACAACUCAGCUGCUACGUCCGGAACUUAAUGGCAAUGGGUCGAAGGAUCCUCUGGAGGCCCAGGCAAAGGAACUUGGUGUAACUCCCUUCCAGAAGGGCACAGCCGUCGCCGUGUGUCUCAACUAUAUUAUUGGUACGGGAUGUUUCGGGUUGCCCUACGCCUUCACCGCCACAGGCCUAGGGCUGACCAGCCUGCUGCUGCUCGUCGGGUCCGUCUGUGCGUUUAUAUCGCUCAACUACACACUGGAGAUUGUGACACGCGGUGAAGGUGCCACAUCGGCCGAGGAAGAGCGCAGCUCAGAGCCCGUCAUGGAGAUGAGCUACCGCAAGUUUGGGUUCACCACCCUGGCCUAUAAGUUCUCAGGCUCCACCCUACAGAACAUCACACAGCUGGUCAUGACAUGCUAUGCCAUGGGCACGCUGUGGCUGUACUCGUCCAUCUUCUCGUCGUCGGUGUCUGCCAUCUUUUUCUCGUACGUGCUGCACACUGAGUGCGAUGUGUACGCGCCUAUCCACAGCAACCGUUGCGAGGCCAGUUACUACGUGUGCAUGGCGAUUUUUGCAACCAUCGUGAUCACGCUUGGCCUACAAGAUCUGGGAGACCAAGCCGUUGUGCAGAAGCUGCUGUCGCUGUACCGAGUUGUGGCGUUUGUAAUUAUGAUCACAACGCUGAUCGUGAAGAUCGCCGUUAACCCAAAUUUCGUUCCGCACCGUGUGGACGACAUCGGGUACUUUGAUUGGAAGAAGUUUGCCCUGGGCUUUGGGCCGUGCAUGCUGGCUAUCACAUGCCAGUACAACAUCCCGGAUGUCAUCCAGCCCUUGCAGGACAAGCGUGCGGCAAAGCAGGUGACCUUCAUCGCUCUGUUCGCAUCAGUUGUCCUGUAUUUUGCCCUAGGCCUUCUGGGUGCCCUAGCAUUCGAGCACGUGAAUCCUCUGGUGACGCUGAACUGGAACGACUACACCGCCUGUGGCGAUGGGUGGGAGCCCUGCCCCCGCAACUACUUCGCCAAUGCCAUCCAACUCAUUGUGAUGCUGUUCCCGGUGGUCAACGUCACCUCCUCUUAUCCUCUGGUCUCAAUCACAUUGGGAGACAACAUUAUGGGGAUGCUCCCGGCCGCAUGGAGUGAAAAGUACGGCGCGGGUAAUGUCAAGACGGGCUCACGUCUGGUAUGCCUGGUGCCCCCAUUGAUCCUGGCGACUUUUUUCAAGAAAAUCGAGAUCAUCUUCACGCUGUCGGGCAUGUUUGGCUUUGUGCUGAGCUUGGUGCUUCCAUGUGCUCUGCAGGUGGCUUCCUUGGAUUACUGCACAAGGACCUUCGGUAAUAUUAAAUCGUCCAUCACGCCAUACUCUGUCGAUAUCAUCAGCGAACGUAAAUUCUCCAACGUUAUGUUCUGGGUGUCUACGGUUAUUACCGGUGUCGCAGUGGUGACAUUCUUUUUGCCCAAAGCCGUUUGA